UCUCAAAUUUCUUCACUCUCCAAUUCAUUUCAUUAUCCCAACUAAUUCCUUAUUCUUUCUUCUUCUUUGCAACCUUUCAUCAUUCUUUCGACAAUGGCCGCCCUCCAGAAGAUUGAUUCGGUUGAGAGCUUGUGCCACAGCCGUAGUGAUCCACUCAACUGGGGUUUAGCGGCAGAGUCUCUCAAGGGAAGUCAUCUUGAUGAGGUGAAGCGUAUGGUGGAGGAGUAUCGGAGGCCCGUGGUGAAGCUUGGAGGGGAGACGCUCACUAUUUCCCAAGUGGCUGCCAUUGCUACUCGGGACUCUAAUGUCUUAGUGGAGCUGGCCGAGUCCGCGAGAGCGCGGGUCAAAGCUAGUAGUGAUUGGGUGAUGGAGAGUAUGAACAAAGGGACGGAUAGUUAUGGUGUUACUACUGGAUUUGGUGCGACAUCCCAUAGGAGAACUAAACAAGGUGGAGCUCUCCAGAAGGAGCUUAUUCGAUUCUUGAAUGCUGGGAUCUUUGGAAGUGGGGCUGAGUCGAGCCAUACUUUGCCUCACUCGGCGACGAGGGCGGCAAUGUUGGUGAGAAUUAAUACUCUCCUUCAAGGCUACUCGGGUAUUAGAUUUGAGAUUUUGGAAGCCAUAACCAAGCUUCUCAAUAACAAUAUCACUCCAUGCUUGCCACUUCGAGGAACGAUUACUGCUUCUGGAGAUCUUGUUCCUCUUUCUUACAUCGCAGGAUUGCUCACUGGCCGACCAAACUCCAAAGCAAUUGGACCAAAUGGAGAAAGUCUUGAUGCAAAGGAGGCUUUCAAACAAGCUGGUAUUCCUACUAGCUUCUUUGAAUUGCAACCUAAGGAAGGUCUCGCUCUUGUCAAUGGUACUGCGGUUGGUUCUGGAUUGGCUUCUAUUGUUCUCUUUGAGGCAAAUAUUUUAGCUGUUUUGUCAGAAAUUUUGUCUGCCAUUUUUGCUGAGGUUAUGCAAGGUAAGCCUGAAUUUACUGAUCACUUGACCCAUAAGUUGAAGCACCAUCCUGGACAAAUUGAGGCUGCUGCAAUUAUGGAACACAUUUUAGAUGGAAGCUCUUACAUGAAAGCUGCCAAGAAAUUGCAUGAAAUUGAUCCUCUCCAGAAGCCAAAACAAGAUCGUUAUGCUCUUAGAACUUCUCCUCAAUGGCUUGGUCCAUUGAUUGAAGUUAUUCGGUUCUCAACGAAGUCUAUUGAGCGAGAGAUUAAUUCGGUCAAUGACAACCCUUUGAUUGAUGUUUCAAGGAACAAGGCUUUGCAUGGAGGAAACUUCCAAGGAACUCCAAUUGGAGUUUCCAUGGAUAAUACUCGUUUGGCUAUCGCUUCAAUUGGAAAGCUUAUAUUUGCUCAAUUUUCAGAACUUGUCAACGAUUUCUACAACAAUGGCUUACCUUCAAAUCUCUCGGCAAGUAGAAACCCAAGUUUGGAUUAUGGAUUCAAAGGUGCUGAAAUCGCCAUGGCUUCUUAUUGCUCUGAGCUUCAAUAUCUUGCAAACCCAGUAACUAGUCAUGUCCAAAGUGCUGAACAACAUAAUCAAGAUGUCAACUCUCUUGGUUUAAUCUCAUCGAGGAAAACAGCUGAGGCGAUUGACAUUUUGAAGCUCAUGUCUUCCACAUUUUUGGUUGCUCUUUGCCAAGCAAUUGACUUGAGGCACUUGGAAGAGAACUUGAAGAACACAGUAAAAAAUACAGUGAGCCAAGUGGCAAAAAAGAUCCUCACCACGACCUCUAAUGGUGCACUCCAUCCUUCAAGAUUUUGCGAGAAAGAUUUACUUAAAGUAGUUGACAGGGAAUACACUUUUGCUUAUAUUGAUGACCCAUGCAGUGCUACUUACCCAUUGAUGCAAAAACUGAGACAAGUUCUUGUCGAGCAUGCUUUAAGUAAUGGCGAAGAUGAAAAAGAUGCAAUCACUUCAAUCUUUCAAAAGAUUGGAGCUUUUGAAGAGGAAUUGAAGGCCAUUUUGCCCAAGGAAGUGGAACGUGUGAGGUUGUCGUAUGAAAAUGGAGAUGCAACAAUUGAGAAUCAGAUUAAAGAAUGCAGAUCUUAUCCAUUAUACAGGUUCGUGAGAGAAGAGCUGGGAACUAAAUUGCUAACUGGGGAGAAGGUUAUAUCUCCCGGAGAAGAGUGCGAAAAGGUUUUUGCGGUAUUGUGUCAAGGAAAGAUGAUUGAUCCAAUUUUGGAAUGCUUGAAGGAGUGGAACGGUGCCCCAAUUCCCAUCUGUUGAUGGCUACAGGUCCAAGUGGGAAUUGAAUCAAUCAAACAUGAGGUCCAACAUAAAAAUUAAAAACUAAUGUUGUAUUUGUUAAUGUCAACUUUUCUUCAUUUCAUUUUGUAUCAAUCAAAAGCAAGUAAAAAGAAUUACUUGAAAAUUUUCAAUUAAAUGUAUUUUGACCCAAUUUAUAAAUUAGUGAAA